GACCCCAUAGCUAGCUAGCUAGGCUUCCAACCCCUCUACCUCUGAUCUUCUCAAAAGUUGCAUGCACUUACGUUUCAGUGCAUUUCCCAGUUUAUUUUCUGUUGCAUGAAUUAUUAAUUCUAUGGCUUCUUUCAACCAGGUUUUGGUAUAAGAAUCUUUGUUCGUGAGGACAUUGACACUAAACAGGCCUCGCCAACUGAACACCCUUUCCCUUGAAAUGCUCUCUCGACUCUCCCAACUGUUCCUGGCGUAUGACAACAGUUCCAAUGUCAAGUUGAUCAUUCUCAAAAGUAACGGAAGAGCAUUUUGUGCCGGAGGUGACGUAGCUGCGGUGCACCGUCAUUUUCUUAAAGGAAAUUUGAAAUUUGGUGCAAUAACUAGUCAGAAGAUGCUUACCUUAACCUACUUUGUAGCAACAUGCACUAAACCCCAAGAAUGUCUGAAUUUUGCACAAUGUUUCGUUUCAAUUCUUAAUGGGAUUGCGAUGGGAGGUGGCGUCGGUAUUUCAAUACACAGUAAAUUCCGUGUAGCAACAGAUAAUUCAGUCUUUGCAAUGCCGGAAACAGCUCUGGGAUUGUUUCCCGAUGUCGGUGCAUCUUAUUUCUUGUCAAGACUUCCUGGAUUUUUUGGUGAGUAUUUGGGUCUUACAGGUGCAAGAUUGAAUGGUGCUGAAAUGCUUGCAUGUGGUCUAGCGACUCACUAUGUGCCCUCAGCCAAAUUGUCUUCACUGGAAGAAGCUCUAAAAUGCCGAGUAGCUUCAUCUACUUCAUCAAGCUGUGAUCUUGCUUCUACUAUUUCAGCAAUUAUAGAUGAAUACUCGCUGAAGAAACCAGCUUUGAGUGAAAAAAGUGCUUAUUACAAAAGAGAUAAGCUUAUGAUUUUAUGGUGUUUCCAAUACCUAACUAUAUAUCGUUAUUAA